UCAGUGAAAUAACAUGAAGAAUAAAUGUGUGUAAUGAAUCCUCAUAUAGACAGUGAGAUCAGUGUGUGUGUGUGUGUGUGUGUGUGUGUGUGUGUGUGUGCUCUUGUUUUCAUGACAAAUGAGGACAUUUUUAUGAUAACACACCUACAAUAUGAGGACACUCGGAAAAAUGAGGACAUUUUGGAGGUCCUCAUUUUUCCACGCUCACUAAACAGUUGUAAAUGUUCCCAGAAUGCCUCUAAACAAAAAACCUCCAAUGUCCUGAAAAAUCACAAUUUCAUGACAUGAAGUGUGUAAGUGCGUUUAUGUUUUUUGCUCACUUGCGGAUACGCCAACUAGUGGUCAGAUCUGGAACUUUUACACACUUUUAACACACAUUGAUGACGCACUCAACGGUCCUCAUAUAUACGUACGUUUUCAUAACCAAAAUAUUUAUAAUUUCUUUAUUUUUGACUUGUUAAUUUGUUGAAAGAUCUCUAUCAUGUGAAGCGUUUUUGUUGUAUGCAGUUGUGAUGAUUGUUGUAUGAUUUGAGUCAUUGGUUUCAGUAAUAAAAAAUAAAAAAAACGUUUUCAUACACACCAACUUUUUAAGCUAGUUUAGAAUUAGCCUACUGUAAUUCACACAUUCCACGUAAUCAGAGUAAAAUAAUAACAUCAAUUUACUACUGUUUAUUAAGUAUCCUGUUUUCUUUGUAGAGAAUCAGUUCCUCAAUUAAUUGAAAUUGAUCAGCUGGAUAAGAUAAUGUUAGCUUAUUAAACAAAAAGGACAACAUCAUUAAUAUGUGGGCCUGGGAAUAUCUGGACUCUUCUUUUUAAAAGCUUACAUAAUCACACAUGUAUUUAAAAAAUAUUAUAAAUAAAAAGAACUUGCAGACUGGUAGUGAAUUUAAAUAUGACUUGUUUUAUCAUGUCAGAAUAUCGCAGAUACCACCCACCCUGUCAGAUGAAUAACUCCACCCACAGAUAAAAUAAGAAAUAGCUACUAUAAAAACAGAUCUAACACUGCAAAACUCCAAACUGAACAUGCAUAUUAAUUAAAAUAAAUGUAAUUAGUUAAUAUAAAGAACUUCCUUUCAGAAACAGCAUAAUCACGCCACGGUGGACCAGCAUAAAAACACGGUCCGGAUUUACCACAUAAGGUGGAGUCUCUCCUGGUCUUUGAGUUGAAAACCUUGAUUAUGUCAUAAUCCGAACUAUCAAAAAUGUUUAAUAUAUAAUUGGGAGUCUAAAUGGCCAAAUAACAGCAGUAAGUGGCACAUUUCUUCCCGUCGUCCGGUUGUCUGUUUGGACCAAGUGAAGUGCGGCCUGCAUGAUGUGCCGGCUUUUCCCACAUUCCCAGAGCCAUCGAAAGUCUCACGACGUCGUGUUGCUGCAGAUCUCCUCAGACAUGGCCUGGUAAGUGAUCUUUGCUAAUUGAGGAGCACAUGGUCGAAGAGCAUGUCAAAAAGGAGAAAAAGAAUUAGCCCUGAGGCUGAGGCUAUUAAGUUUAUUUUAUCUGGAUGUGAAAAACCUUGUUUUAAGGUCAAGUGGAUCAGUGAUUUUAAAGGACGUGGUGUAUUUACCUGCACACCAAUUGAAAAGGGAUCAUUUGUCGUUGAGUACCGUGGGGAGUUAAUAUCACAAUAUGAACAGGACAAGAGGCAGAAGAAGUACACAGAAAAACAAAAUGCUUUCUUGUUUGAUUUUGAAUGGAACAAUGUCAGAUGGUGCAUAGAUGCGUCCCGCGAAGAUGGCUCUCUGGGAAGACUGGUGAAUGAUUGCCACACGUCACCAAAUUGUAAAAUGAAAAGGUUGACAGUCCAGGGUAAACCUCAUCUUUGUCUAUUCGCAAUUGAAAACAUCCAAGCAGAGACUGAAAUAACCUACGAUUAUGGAGAUUCUCAGUGGCCAUGGCGUAAUCUGACACCAAGUGACAUGAUCCAGUCUCAACCUUCAGGAGACCCAGAAGUGAGCGAGAGAUCCAGUUCAUCCUUCCAACAGACACCAAGUGACAUGAUCCAGUCUCAACCUUCAGGAGACCCAGAAGUGAGCGAGAGAUCCAGUUCAUCCUUCCAACAGGCCAAUCACUCCACUGGAAUUGCAUCCUUCCAUCAUGUACUUACUGCAGAGCAGGUUGGACCUCCCUCAGUUGAUGAUGGUGGAUUUCAUGAUGGAAACUCAACAAGCUCAGAUGACCAUGUAAUAAAUACCCAUAGUCAACAAUAAUGAAAUAGUAAAACACAAAACAUAUUAAGAAGCUCAAAUAUUACUUUUAAUUUUAUGGUUUUUAUUAAUAUGUUUAAAUGUUGUGUUAUGCACAAUGUGAUGGUACUAGGAUAACAAUAUUCUAGCUAUUAUUAAAUGUUUAACUUAUUGAUGGAAUGAGAUGCUUUUCUCUCCAUUUUCCUUUAGAUUUCUAAUGACAUGACUGAUGAAUCUUCGGAUGCUUCGGACUAUGAUGAUGCCAGCUAUGUUCCAGAUUCAAGUGGCAACUCCUCUGACACAAGUUAUUCUAGUAGAGAUCUAAAAAUCAUAGACAAUCAUCUUCCCCA